AUGCUGAGCAUAGACAACGAAACCGGAGAAUUCUAUCUCACCCACACCGACCUCCUCUCCUACUUCCACAACCACCGCGAGGAAACAAACGUCCCCACCACACCUUUCCUCAACGGCCCUGAAAACAUCCCUACCAUAAUAAUGGACCUCUCGGACCUUCCCUCAAUCUCCUACCCCUUGCCCUCCAUCGACCUCCUCCCUUACCUCCUCAUCUACACACGCUGCCCAGACGUUACCUUCCGCACGCGCGGCCCACCCAUCGUGCACGACCGCAUCUACAAGUUCUUCAUCGAACUCGUGAUUCCGCGGCGCGCCUUCUGGACACGAUGUAUCGCGGAUAACCUUGGGAUAAGGGAGGUGAGGAUUUUUUGUGAGUGGGAGCGUACGGUGGAUAUUGUGCUAGACCCCGGGAGUAGGUGGGCGAGGGAUUGGAAUUGUGUGCCGUGGAUUGAGUGGGGUAAGGUUAGUAAGGUGAGGGUUUUUACGCUUUGUCUGGGGUUGAAUGUUAAUAGGGCGUUUGGAUGGGAGGGGCAUGUUGUUGUUGGGAGUGUGGAGGGGUAG